CCACAGGAGAGCCUUAAAGUGGCCCGGCUUGUCUCCACGCCACCAUGGAUACUUUUUUCCGUCGGCACUUUAAGAGGAAGGAGACUGCUCAGCGAGUGAAUUCAGACGCCAACGCUUCCCGCCAGCGAAGGCCCAGCGUGGCCGUCCCCACCAGCAAGGCUCGCCGGAGGUCCAGCGUUGGACUUCCUUCCUCCGCCCUGACCCGGCGGCGACGCUCCAGCAUCCAGCUGCAGCCGGGACAGCCGUGCGUAGGUGGGGGGCGUCUGGCGAAGACGCCCCGACAAGGCCGGUGGGGGGGGCGUGCUCGCCGGCGCUCCAGCACCACCACCCUCAGCCUCAACCCACGGUUCGCCGUGUGCCGGAGGAAGGUGGGGAAACUGCGAACCAUUGACACCCAUCUGCUGGGGCCGUCCAUGCUGCUGGCCAGUCUUAUCCAAAUGGCUGAAGAGGAGGAGGAAGACGGGGCCGCGGGCUUACCGGCCGGAGAGCAGCAGGUGGAGAUGAGAGGCGGGGCAAACAGUGGGAUGGCAUAUUCCCGCUCCAGCAGCCUCCACUCAGACGGAGAUGACAGCAUCGAUUACGCCAGCAGCAACCACUCAGAAGACAGCCAGCUGUCAGAGGCAGAGCAGCUACCUGAGGAGGAGGAGGAGGAGGAGGAGGAGGAUGAAGCAUCCUGGUCCCCUGCUCCACACUUCUCCCCAGCUUCCACCCCUCCCUCCACAUCCAAACUUGAGAUCUUGAGAAAACCCCCUGAAGUGCUGUCAACGUCGCAUCGCUCCCUGAUCCGCGCCCCUCGCUGCCUCCGCAGGAACUCCUCUCAGCUGCUUGUGGGAGACUCUACUCUCUUCAGAUGCAGCCGUGCCUCCAGCAUGAGGAAGAGAAGGAGGAUCUCCACCAUUUCUAAAGCUGGGAGCCCCUGGCCAGGAAAAGGCCACCCUCUGCCCAGCCGCAAGGGUUCAGUGUACUACCUCAACCAUCCAGCCUUGUACCGGGGGCCCGGGGCCCUCAGCCCGCUGGGAGUCGACGACUCCCGCCUGGAGAGCUUGAGUGCCUUCCUGCUAAAAGCCAUUGCGAAGUCGGGUCUGCAGCAUGCUUCAACUCAGCCCAACGUGGCGACAACUGGACAGGGUGAGCCGCUGCAGCCCUGCGGCACGAUCGACUGGAGCGAAAACGCCCAGUACGGGGAUCACAUCUGGUUUGAGGCCAGCGUGUCUGGAGACUUCUGUUAUGUUGGAGAGCAGUAUUGCAUCGCUAAAUCGCUGCAAAAGUCUGUGGCGAGGAAGAAAUGUGCUGGAUGUAAGAUAUCGGUGCACAUCACAUGCAUGGAGCAGCUAGAGAAGAUUAAUUUCAGGUGUAAACCGUCAUUCAGGGAACCGGCAUCUCGAGCUGUUCGAGAAUCCAACGUUGUUCGACAUCACUGGGUCCACAGGAGGCGUCAGACUGGGAAGUGUCGACAGUGUGGAAAGGGAUUCCAGCAGAAGUUUUCAUUUCACAGCAAAGAGAUUGUUGCCAUCAGCUGCUCGUGGUGCAAGCAGGCGUACCACAACAAGGUGACGUGCUUCAUGCUGCAGCAGAUAGAGGAGUGUUGCUCUCUGGGAGCUCACGCUGCCGUCAUCAUCCCUCCCACCUGGAUCAUCCGGGUCCGCAGACCGCAGACCUCUCUGAAGUCCAGUAAAAAGAAGAAACGAACGUCACUGAAGUGCAACAAGCCGAGUAAGAAGGGAGCAGAGCUGCAGGAGGGCCGCUGGAAGCCGUUCCUGGUGAAGCCGCUGCCCUCGCAGCUCAUGAAGCCUCUGCUGGUGUUCGUUAAUCCAAAGAGCGGAGGGAACCAGGGAGCAAAGAUCAUCCAAUCCUUCAUGUGGUACCUGAACCCUCGGCAGGUGUUUGACCUGACAAAAGGAGGACCCAAAGAGGGGCUGGAGUUGUACGCUAAAGUACCGAACCUGAGGAUCCUGGCCUGCGGGGGGGACGGCACGGUGGGUUGGAUCCUGUCGGUGUUGGACCAGUUGAAUCUGCGGCCUGCGCCUCCUGUGGCCAUCCUUCCUCUGGGGACCGGCAACGACCUCGCCAGGACGCUCAACUGGGGAGGAGGCUACACCGACGAGCCGAUCACAAAGAUCCUCUCGCAUGUUGAGGACGGAAACAUCGUUCAGCUGGAUCGAUGGAACCUGCUCGUGGAGGCGAACCCGGAGGCCCGGCCGGAGGACAUGGACGAGCAUCAGACCGACAAGCUUCCCAUCGACGUUUUUAAUAACUACUUCAGUCUGGGGUUCGACGCUCAUGUCACACUGGGCUUCCAUGAGUCUCGAGAGGCAAACCCUGAGAAAUUCAACAGCCGCUUCAGGAAUAAGAUGUUCUAUGCUGGGACGGCCUUCUCAGACUUCCUGAGCGGGAGCUCCAAAGACCUGGCCAAGCACAUCAAGGUGGUGUGUGAUGGCACAGACCUGACAGCCAAAGUGCAGGAGAUGAAGCUCCAGUGCCUCCUCUUCCUCAACAUCCCCAGGUACUGUGCAGGAACCGUGCCGUGGGGUCACCCCGGUGAGCAUCAGGAGUUUGAACCUCAGCGUCAUGACGACGGCUGCAUCGAGGUCAUCGGCUUCACCAUGACUUCCCUGGCCACGCUACAGGUGGGCGGUCACGGCGAGCGUCUGCAUCAGUGUAAAGAGGUGACCCUCACUACCAACAAGUCCAUCCCCAUGCAGGUGGAUGGCGAGCCCUGCAAGCUGGCGCCCUCCGUCAUCCGCAUCAACCUGAGGAAUCAGGCCAACAUGGUCCAGAAGGUCAAGAGGAGAAUUUCCAUGCCCCAUCUAAACGAUCAGCAGCCUGUUCCUGAGAAGCUUCAGAUCACGGUGAACAGGAUCAGCAUGGCAGCGUACGAGGCUCUGCAUUACGACAAAGACCAGCUGAAGGAGGCUUCAAUGCCGCUGGGAGUCAUCACCGUCCCCGGAGACAGUGACCUGGAGACGUGCCGCCUGCACAUCGAACGUCUGCAGGACGACGUCGACCAGCAGGAUGGUGAUGACAUGAAAGAGGAAAGCUUUUCUUCACAAAAACUGUCCACAAAGUGGUGUUUCCUUGACUGUACGACUGCGGAUCGCUUCUACAGGAUUGACCGCGCUCAGGAACACCUGAACUACGUGACGGAGAUCUCUCAGGAGGAGCUCUACAUCCUGGACCCAGAGCUGGUGAUUAAAGAGACGGUGGGAACCUCCCCCAGCAUGCCCGACCUGGUGGACUCAGAGGAGCAGCAGGGACAGUUCUCCUUCCCUUGCACCCCGUCCUCCUCCCCCACCUCCUCCAACAGGGUGAGAGACUUUCACAGGAAGAGGAUUUCCAGCGACAGUUCAGUGACAGAUGCAUUAAGUCAAAGCUCCUCUAAAACCCCCCUCUGCAGAAGAGGAGCAAAGAUUAUCAAUGUCCAUCGCUCCAACACGACUGUGGCUGAUUUCAGACCCAUCAUUAGAACCUCCACUGCUACCUCACAGGACCCUGAAAAAGAUGCAGAGCUGAUCAACUGCAUCAAGAAUGAGGAUUUGAACAGGCUGAAGGAGCUCCACCAGCAGGGCGCCAACAUCCUGCUGCAGGACGAAGACGGCUACACCCUGCUGCAUCACGCCGUGGAGGCCGGCAGCAAGGACAUCGUCAAGUACCUUAUCGAAAACGUGCCCACGUCUCAUCUGGACGUCGCAGAGAAAGCGAUAGGUGAGACGGCUCUUCAUAAAGCUGCUACCUUCUGUCAGAGGAGCAUCUGCCACUUCCUGGUGGACGCUGGAGCGUCUCUCAUGAAGACGGACCUGCAGGGCGACACUCCCAAACAGCGCGCCGCCAAGUCCAACGACCAGGACCUGGCUGAUUAUCUGGAGAGCUGCCAACACAACCAGAUGAUCCAGCGAGAGGACCAGGAGACGGUGGUCUGAGCUGCAGCACGGCCGUCUGUCCAUCUGACAUACCCAUCUGUCUUCAUUUCUGCUGUUUAUUUACCGCUGCCCUUCUCAACAUGUUAAUUUAUAUGGAUAAUCUGAGGAGAAACAGCCAGAGUUCAUGAGAACUCGCGUCCACAGACCGUCACAUCGUCUGAAUGUACUCUGACCACGACCUCCUCUCUGCUGUUAGGGGGACGGGAGGCUGAUAAAAAUGGAUUAUUGUUUAUUUGUGUUUUGUGUUUUUGUCUGCUUUAACUGAUGAGGAUGGGGGUGAGGCGUUGUCAUGGACUGGAGUCGCCCCGAAGACGCUUCUGUCCCCGUGGCUCAACUUCUGGACACUAAAACCAAUUCAAACUAGUCUCUUGUGUUCCGGCCACGAAGACAUUCAUACCUCCACCGGUGAUGACCAAACAUCAGGCCACGUCUGACAUCUGGGCGACAUGACAGAGACGAUGAAACGGUUGCUGAAGGCGUUUUUUGUUUCUGCAGCUUUCAUACCAGAGCGACUGCAAAAUGUGUCUUCUGUCCAGCUUCUAGCGAGCUUCUGGGUUUGUUUGUGUGCUCCUGAGAAACAAACGGUUGGAUGUUUUAAUAUAGGCAACGAUGAGUUUAGAUAUUUCUGAUUGGUGCAUAGAGAAACAAACAAGAAAUAAAAACCACAUUUUGCUUGUGAUCAA